ACAGUGCCGACGGUAUAGCUAUUCUAAGCGAUGACCACUGCAUGAAAGGGAAUUACGUAACAGUGCUGGCAGACGGAACAGUGGUCUGGCUAACGGCUGUGAACAUCGUGUCGCAAUGCAGCGCUGAUAUACAAUACUACCCGUUUGAUAAGCAGCAGUGUCACGUUAUUUUGACCAGCUGGACGUUUGAUGCAACUCAACUGAAUCUUUUUGCCUCCAUGAACACACUUUGGCUGGAUUUAUACGAGGAGAAUGGUGAAUGGAACUUAACAGAGACAGCUUUGGUUAAUUAUUCAAGAAACGUAGGAGGUGUGUUGCCCGGCGUGAGAUUCACGUUUUUCCUGACGAGAAAAUAUUCUUACUACGUUUUAAACCUGAUCAUUCCCUUUAUCGUUAUUGCAUUGCUGGGAACUUUCGUCUUUGUACUUCCGGUUGAAAGUGGGGAAAAACUUGGGUUCGCACUGACCAUUCUGCUAUCAAUGUCGGUGGUAAUGUCUACAGUUUCUGAAGCCAUUCCACCAAUAUCUACAAAUACCUGCAAACUAAGCGUGUACGUGCUUAUAGUUUUCAUCAUCAGCGCAGUCGAGACGGUUGUCACGGUGAUUUCUUGUCAAACAAACGAACGCCACGAAAAGGGAUAUGUCCCUGGUCCAAUCAUACAAAGCAUUGCAAGGAGUGCGGCCAAAGUGUCUUUCUAUAGGAGACCACAUAAACAUGGAAAUGAAAACGCUGAAAACAACACAGCAACUCCGCCAAAGAACAAGGAAGCAUGGGUCGAGUCAGGCGCAGACACUGUGAAACAGGACGAGAAAGAACCAGCCAUUAAUGCAACAAUGUACACAGUCCAAGAAUGUGCGUUUAUAUUUGACAGAGUGAACUUUUUCAUAUUUAUGGUCGUCAAGCUUGUGUUAACCAUUUCUGUUUUCGUUGUUCUUCAAGUUGAUGGAUCUAACCAAAAAUUUUCAUAACCUGUACCCCCUCCCCCCUCCCCCACGUAUAGCGAAUGCGCAAUAAUCCAAUUAAGGUGAUGGUCGCUUUGAAGGUCAGUUAACUACUUAACUACUAGAAAGCUCGAGAAGGUGUUCACUUGUUCAAAAGUGGUUGUUUUUUUUCAAUCUAUAGACUUAAACCACAAUCUGUAAAACCAAUCAGAUUUAGUGUUGCCCCUUUUAUAUUUUCUGCGCAUAAAGAAGAAUCCUGCUGAUGUAUGGUGUAAAAUUAAGAGUGUAACAACCCAGAAUCUUGUCGUUUCUGAUGUGUAUUGUUUUGCUGAUAAUAUUGCUUACAUUCUUUGUUGGAAAAGGGGUAUAUAUUUAAAUUUGUUUUAGCGUAGAACGAUAAAAUUCGCACAUGCACAUCUUAAUUUUUUUUAAAUGCAUGCGAUUUUGAAAUAUACGACAUAUGUACGUCUACGAGCAGACGAACAAAUACAUACGGACGGACAGACAUUUAGACGGACGGAGAGAUGGAGUAACGAACGAACGGACGAACGGGCGGGCGAAUAGACAGACACACAGAUAGAAACACAGACAGAAGGACAGACACACAUGGUGAUGUGUAAAAAUUGUGUUUAUAAUAAUUAACUAAAUAAAACCUAAAGGUUGAUGAUGAAAACAAAAUUACGCAAGGUUAACAGGUUACACUUUUUAUUUGUUUAUUUACUUAUUUGUGUAUUUAAAUGUUUGAUAAAAAUAUGUUUUAA